CGAUUCCUAUACUGUUUUCGAAUACACAAGCAGUGUAUAAAAUUUGUUGUUUUGGCUUACUUCCGACAGACGCUCGGCCGCGCCCCGACUAUCAGGAUCAUCCGCGCUGCAGCCAUGGACAUCUCCAUCCAGUUGAUCCUGUCAAUAUUAUGCUUCAGGGCUGCUCAAGCCAGUCCUCAAGAUAAGGGAGCUCAAACAUUCGAGGCAUUACAACCACAAUAUGCCCAGAGGUACAAAGAAGUGAUCAUGUACCUAACUCCUACACAAAUUAGGAAUUAUGAGGCAGGAAAUGGUCUUCCACAAAUAAAUUAUGAACAACAAGCACUUCUACAGGCCCAAUACGAACAAGAACAAAUCGCAAAACCUGCUCCUACGUUUAUUUAUACACAGCAGAAAUCAGCAUCAGAGACACCUAUGAAUGACGAAGAAGGAAACAUAAUUCAAAGCACACUUGAUAUUUUAGAAGCCAAUAAAAUUCAUUUUCAUCUUACGCAGCAAAAUAAUCCUAACCUUGAUAUAACGAGGGCUGAAGAAGAUUAUCAUUCUGAUAUCCGACCUAUCGUAGAGCCAAAUGCUGAAAAUGAAGAACAAAUUAAAAUCGAGCUCCUGCAGAAGCAACAACAACAGCAACAACAACAACAACAACAACAACAACAUCAGCAGCAGCAGCAACUACACCAUCAACAACAAGAACAGGAGCGGAUUGCUAAAAGCUACGCUUAUAUUCAUUUCUUUUCCAACCAAAAGCCAGAUAAUUUACAAAAAAUUGAGAUAUUCCACCCUGAACCUCAUUCUAUGAACCUGGAUGAAGAGCUAAGACUGCAAAAAGAUAAGAACAUAGAAAUUCAGCAAGAUCCUUUACUGCGUCAGAAAUAUAAACUUAUCCCAUAUGAAUAUAUCGCGGAACAUAAUGUUCAGCAGAAAGUACGAGACGACCUUAUCAAGCAGGGCCACAAGCAAAUCCAGCAACAGCUGUUUGUGCCUGCCGAAGAACCGUGGCGCCCCAUCAUUAACCCUCAAAAGGAAUAUCAACAGCAAUAUGCUCCACAAUUUACUAGUCCCACUAAGAACAUUGAUCUUGAGAAAAUUAUUCAGGAAAUUCAAUUAGAGAGAGAAGCAGCAAAAAUCCGCGCAGAAAAUAUUGCCAAGUCACCGCCUGUUGUUAUUCAUAAAGACAUUAGCAUAAUUAAACGGCGCCCUGUUCAUGUAAUCAAGCACGUGAAUAUUCCAUACCCGGCGCCAUUUUUCGUGCCCGUCCAGAAGCACGUAGAAGUCAAGGUACCCCAACCCUACGCGGUACCGGUAGAAAUUGUCAGACACGUUCCUGUGCCAAUAGUGAAGACUGAGACAGUGGAAGUGGAAAAACCCGUGCCAUAUGAAGUGGAGAAACAUGUACCAGAAAUAGUCGAGAAAAAAGUAUUCGUCUCUGUCGUAAAACCAUACACCGUAGAACGUAUCGUUCCUGUUGAAGUUAGGAAAGAAAUUCCCGUUGCGAUCCCUGUUCAUAUACCGGAAAAACUCACAGUUUUACGACACGUCUGGAAACAUUAAUUUAUAGAUGUUAGU